AUGUUGCAAAGUAUUUCAAUCUCAGAUUACAAACAAUCCCCUCAAUCUAUAUUAAAUUCUCUACAAUCAUAAAUUGUUAUUAGAUCAGUCAAUCUAAAUUCAGGAAUCAAAUCUUCAGUCAUCAAAUCAAGUAGAUCUAAACGAUUACAUUCAGAAUAUAAUUCUGAUUUAUAAUGUAUCUUAUUAAUAUCUAUAUUCAGUGUCUGUCAGUAGUGAGAAUUCUAAAUAGCGUUCCUAUUCAAUGUAAUCAAAUAGACCCACUAUUACAAGAUAAUUAUCACACAAUUAAUCUAUUAUUGAUACUAUUAAUAAGAAGAUUGUUUCAGAAACUAAAGAGAAUAGAUUUGUUUCUAUUAAUUAAAAUGAGUAAGUAUCUGAUUUUAAUUAAAAAAACUCUAAAGAAUAAUAUACUCUAAUUAAUUUAUAAAAUAAGGUUACUAUUUUGAUAGAUGAGAAUAAAAAACUCAUUCUUAUUAAUGAAUAAUUAAUGUAAGAGUUAGAGAAAGCUAAGAUUGCUUAUGAAACUAAUAAUCAGACUGUAUUAUUAUAAUCAUUAUAAAGAGAUACAUAAUCACUCUAAUAAACUGUAUUAUAAUACAAGAAAAUUAAUAAUUAAUAAUCUUAAUAAAUCUUAGAAUUAUAAUAAAUAUUAAAUGAGAGAGAAGAAUUGAAUAUUGAAUAAAAAUCUAUAACUAAUUAAUAAUUAAUAGAAUCAUAAUAGACAAAUAAGAUAUUCAAAGAAUAAUUUUUAUAAUUGGCAUAAAAAUAUUUAUUAAAAUGUUUUGAAUUAGAGAAAAAACAAAUUUUUGAAAAAGGAUGGUCAAAUAAAAUUAAUAUUUUAUUAAAAGAGAAUGAGAAUUUGAAUCAAAUGUUACAAUAAAGAUUGAAUGAAUAAAUGCAAUUAUAAUAAUAAUAUAAAUAAUAAAAUGAAAUCAUUAUCAAAUUAGAAUAAGAAAUAGCUUUACUAUAAUAAUAACAUAAAGAAUAGAAUUAUAUAAUAACAAAAAAGAAUUAAGAUCAAAUCCAAAUUAUUUCAGAUCUGAAUAAAUAAUACGAAUAAAGAAAUGAAGAAAAUAAGAAAUUAAAUGAAUUGUUAUAAUAAUAAGAAUAUAAAUGGAGAUAAUCUUGCAUUGAAUUCGAAAAGGAGAUGAAGUAAUCUUAUUCCACUAAAUUGAAUUUCGAAAUCAAACAUUAAGUUUAGAUAAUUUCUGAUGAUUAUUAAAAAUCUUUAAUGAAUUAUACCUAAACUAUUGCAGUAUUGUAGGGAUAAAUGUAAAUAUUAUAAAAAUAAAAUGAAUAACUUCACAGAGUUAAUUCUCAAAAUUCAAAUUUUAAGGAAUGGAAACAUGAAAAAUAGUUGUACUUUGAAAUUAUCUAAGAAUUAUAAUAGAAAGUAACUGAACUUACAAAUUAAUUAGCCACUAUCUUGAAUUAAAAUUCAAAUUAUGUUAAUGAUUACAAUACUUAGGGAAUCUAAGAAUAAUUUAAUAGAUUAGAAGAUUGUUAAAAGUACAAUUCAAAAAUGUAUAAAAAAUGUUAAAAAAAUUUUAAUUAAAAAUUUUAUGUUUGA